CUUGUCUCUUUUCCGAUCCCCUCAUCAUAUCUCUUUCUUUUCUCCCUCACCCGCCAUUUUUCUCCUUCCUUUGUUCUCAUUCUUGAUGAGAUCAAAGGUGUAAAGAUUGCAGAUACAUCACAGAUUUCGUGUUUGUCAUCAAGAAUCAGAGAGAGAGAGAGAGAGAGGAGGGAGGAAUUAGAAGGUACGUAGGUUAGAGGGACGUGAUGGGGAGUUACAAUUAUUACAAGAUGUUCGGAUGCUUUAACCGGAAGUUCAAGGUGAGCGAGUCGCAGCCGCCGCCGGAUGUGAGGGAGGCGUUCUGGCGGUACACGGAUGGGGGUUCCAGCAUGACGGCGGAGCAGCUGUUGAAGUUCUUGGUGGAGUACCAGAAGGAAGAGAGCAGCACCGCUGAGGAUGCGGAGGCUAUCAUGCAACAUGUCUUCCAUCACCGCCACCAUACCGACAAGCGCCACACCUUUACCCUUGAGGACUUUUUCUAUUUCCUAUUCCAAGAUGAGCUCAAUGGCCCCAUUGAUCCUCGGGUACACCAUGAUAUGACUGCUCCCUUGCAACAUUAUUUCAUAUACACAGGUCACAACUCCUACUUGACUGGAAACCAACUGAGCAGUGACUGCAGUGAAAUCCCAAUCAUAAGAGCUCUAGAAAAUGGUGUGAGGGGCAUAGAGCUUGAUUUAUGGCCGAAUUCUACCAAAGACAACAUCAAUGUACUUCAUGGAAGGACUCUAACGACGCCAGUGCCACUCCUCAAAUGCUUGAAGUCUAUUAAAGAGCACGCUUUCGUUAAGUCGCCCUAUCCGGUUAUAAUCACUUUGGAGGAUCACCUCACACCAGAGCUUCAAGCUAAAGUGGCAGAAAUGGUUACACAAGUUUUCGGAGAAAUGUUGUACUCCCCUGAGUCAGGGAUCUUGGAGGAAUUUCCUUCUCCCGAAGCCUUAAAGCACAAAAUUAUACUCUCCACGAAACCACCCAAGGAGUACCUUGGAUCCAACAGCAACAAGGAGGGAGAAUUAGGUUCCUCGCCGGGGGGAAAAUAUUGGUCGGAUGAAGAACUUGAAGCUGACUACAAGGAAAAUCAAAGUGAGAGUGAAGAUUGUGAAGAUGAAGAUAUCGACAACAUGCAACAAAAGUCGGGCCCUCUUGCUGCGCCGGAAUACAAACGUCUCAUUGCCAUUCACGCAGGGAAUGCCAAGAAGAGGAGCUUGAGAGAAGUACUCAACAUCACGGUUGAUAGAGCUAGUCGACUUAGUGUGAGCGAGCAGGAACUUGAAAGGGCUGCAGCCUUGUACGCUACCGAUGUCGUUAGGUUCACCCAGAAGAACAUAUUACGAGUGUACCCUAAGGGAACACGAGUAACUUCUUCAAAUUUUAGACCAAUUAUUGGAUGGAUGCAUGGAGCCCAGAUGGUUGCCUUCAAUAUGCAGGGGUACGGAAAAUCCCUAUGGAUGAUGCAUGGAGUGUUCAGAUCGAACGGAAACUGUGGUUAUGUGAAAAAACCCGACAUGCUGAUGAAGAGAGGUCCGAACGGCGAGGUCUUUGAUCCCAAAUUGCCUAUCCCUGUCAGGACAACAUUGAAGGUAAUUGUGUACAUGGGAGAUGGCUGGCGAUUGGAUUUCAGCCACACGCACUUUGAUGCUUAUUCACCACCGGACUUCUAUACUAAGUUAUACAUACUCGGUGCACCUGCCGAUGUUGCCAAGGGCAAGACAAGGAUAAUAGAAGACGACUGGGCGCCAUACUGGGAUCAACCUUUUACGUUCCCGUUAAGAUUCCCAGAACUGGCUCUACUACGAAUAGAAGUCCGUGAGUACGAUAGGUCAGAUAAGGAUGAUUUUGGAGGGCAGACAUGUCUGCCUGUCCGAGAGCUGAAACCCGGCAUACGAUCAAUACCGUUGUACGAUAAGAAGGGUAAUAAGUUUAAAUCCGUGAGACUUCUCCUGCGGUUUCAUUUUGAAUGAAACUAAAUUUUCUGUUUUCUACAAUGGUGGGCGUAUGCUCUUAACAAUUGUAUGUCCAAACUCUUUUUUUCUGUCUGUACAGUAUAGUUGUUGUAUUUGGUAUAAACAACAUAGAAGAGUAGGAGUAUGAUGAGUUUUUCUUAUGUUUGCAAUUGAUUGCUUAUCAAGCAACAUCUUUAUGAUCGCGGGGUAAUAUAUUAUUAGCCCACUCACUAGGACACCUAAUCAUAGCAUCUCUGAGAAAAAUUAUUCUCGGCUUCAUGUUUACCAGUCCAGCAGUCGUUGCCAACUGAGGUAGGGUACAAUCACUCCAUAAGAGUUGGUCGACAAUGUACACUAUAUAAAAAAUGGUCUGACAAUCGCCCUCCCCAGGAGGUUCUUCUCAUA